AUGCAUAUCUCAAUGCUUGCUAUCCCUUUUUCUUUGACAUUUUUGGCUGCUGCUGCUCCAUUCCACCAGCCUAGGGUAUGUUUCAAUGGCAACCUACAAAACAAGGAAAUAACUCACAUCCUGAGUAGGCUGGACAUUCAGAUCAAUCCAGUACUAACCCUUCCAAGUCUGGUUCUACGUCACCUUCAACCAAUAAUAACUCUGGAAGACCAUGCUGCAGAAUUACAAUCAGAGGUAGAUCUAAGCUCUAUAAAGCAUGGUGAUUUGCACGAUGUUGCGGUCUCUGGUGUCGAUGGAGGAUUUUAUCUCACUGACAGUCUUUUGGCAGCUGCUCAAUUUGCAUGCCGGAACCUCGAGGCGAAAGCAUAUGUUCUUGAGUACAAAUGGACUGGUGCAAAUCUCCCUGUGAAAGAAUACCAGAAAGGGGCCGAGUUUACUGCAUUCCUUGAUUAUGAUAAGCAUGCAGCCCUUGACCAGAUAAUGGUAGACAAUGAUAUGAUCACUGGCCCAAUGACGGAUAAAUAUGCUGAUGCAUUGAUCACCCCAUAUUUUAGACAAUAUGCAGUGAUUAAGCAACGGGCUGCCACAAACAACCUCAAGUACACCUCAACAUAUGAAGUUCCUUGCACUGCUGUCCCUGUUGGAAAAGAUCUUCUUGCUGAGUACUAUACUGCCAGUCAGAAGUCAAGUCCCAAUUUUGAUAAAUUGGUCAAGCUUCUGAUGCAAUGUGAACCUGGCAUUGGUCCCUGGCAGCAGGCAGUAGAUGCAGAGAAUAUUAAAGCUUGCCUACCUGCUGAGGAGCGGCAUUAUUUAUUGCUAACUGAAGGCAGAGGAAUUUUGGAGGAACCACAUAAAUCAGAUACUUUUCUCUUCCUGCUUUUUACUGCAGACUUUGGAUGGGGAAGGUGUGGAAUGAACCUGGGCUAUCACCAAUUCCACAAAGAAGAUGUGUCUUGGAAUCCAAUGCAAUACCCUUUCAGUCAAGAGUCUGGCAAUCCGAAUCUGUGUUAUCUCAGGGAAGGCAUAGAGGGUCCGGGGAAUUGGCAGUUAGGGAUGUCAUAUGUGCGUAUUUAUGUUGGGUGGAAGGUGGAAGGUGGAGUUUGUGCCAAAACAACCAAGUGGUCAACAAGCAACUGCCACGGAGUUGAAGUGGCCACUGAGUUACAGGCCCUCCAUAUGUCCAUUACUGUCUUCUGCCUAGGCUCAUCAUGUGACUUGGUGUUAUGGGAUUUCAAAUGGAGGCUCUGCUAUACAACAGCCCACAAUGCUUUAGAGCAGAGGCAUAAGCACUUACUUAAAUGCAACUGGUCUGUUGACUGGAAACAUUGGUAUGGCCAUGGUGUAAGAGAUGGAACUCAGUCAGCAAAUGAUGGAAGUAAGCUCACUGACAGGGUUGAGGCAUUUGCUGUGUGGUACUGCACCCAUUAUACAAUAUUAUCCACAUUGGCAGGGAAAUUGGGAAAAGUAGGCUAUUCAGCAGACCUACGGGAGCUUCAUGACAGCGAUAUCAGGGCUAUUUUCCAUGGGAAUGAAGAGACUUUAUGGCUUGGGGAAGGCUAUGUCAUGAUUUUGUGGAUUUGGAAUACCUCAGGUAUUGAGGAAACAGAUGAUCUGAUCUCCUUGUCAUUCAACUUGAGCUGA